UUUAUUUUCACUUUUAUCCAAGAACUAUAUCAUAAUUCGUUAUUGUAUCACAGAAUAGAUAUAAAUGUUCUUAAAUAAGUAAAAUGAUAUUAUUUAAACGACUUGGAACAAAUUUAAAAAUAAUUACCAAAAUUCUUCACAUGAAAACAAGAUAUAAAACCAUAAAUUAUAGUGCUGUCUGUACAAAAUUAUAUGAAAUAAAUUCUCUAAAAUUGGUAUUCCCACUUCAGCAAUUUCUCAGGAAAUAUUGUUUUAAUUCUUUUAGAGGAGAUGAAACUGACAGUGAUACUGAGGAUAUUGAACAAAAACGAGACAUUAAAAAUAUUAUAUUACCCGAUAAUAAUGAUACCCUUGCUAUACAAAUAAGUGAAUGCAAAUCUUUGCAAGAUAUUUUUUAUAUCCUGCAAAACAGCAACAAUCAAUUGAAUUGGAAAAAUAUCUCUAUGGCUAUUGCAAUGGUUAGAGAACUUCAAAUAAUAUAUCAAAGAGUAUGCAUGUUUGAAAAGAAUUUGAAUUCUUAUAUCACUCCUGAAGAUAGUUUUGAAAACAUUUUAACAAAUAAUGAUUUUUUGAACUUAUUGAAUUUAAUGGAAGAACACUAUAAGUUCAUGAACAGCCAAUGUUUAUCUUACAGUUUACUGUGUUUACAUAAAAUAGGAGUUAAUAUAAAUUGUACAUUAAGUAAAAAACUAUCAUAUAGACUACAAAAAAUGUUGAUGACUACUCCUAUAGAAGAAAUUGAACCUUGCAUACUAUCUAGAUUUACAGUAUCAAUUGUGAGUCAUAGAGACCUUUUGAGUCUGUAUAUCCUUAAAGACAUUUGGCCAAUAGUUUUAAAAAAACUAAAUUUAUGCAAAACUUAUGAGGAUUUAAAACAUAUUUCCAUAUGUUUGUACAAUUUGCCUUGGUUUUUAAACAAAUCUAUUAUGGAUAAAUAUGUUACAAUAGUUGAACAUACUUUAUUGAACAAACCACAACAUGAUGAUAAAAUUAAAUGCAUAGUGAAAGUUCUGAGAUUGAUAAAUAGUCCUUACUGGAUUAAUCAAAACAUUAAUCUCACUAGAUCUUUGUUGCUCGAUUUACAAAGUGUUAUUAAGCACAUAGCACUUUAUGAUAUGAUACAGCUACAAAUGAUUAUCAUGAAACAGUCUGAACCAUAUCAGUUAUUUGAAGAAAUACAUAACGAGACAUCUAAAUGGCUGUCGAAAGCAGAUGUUGAUACUGAUAUCACUAUACUUCGACUAUUAUCUUGUAUAGUACCAUCUUCAUCUGCACCUCGAAGAAAAAAUAUAGAAUCCUUACUUAGAAAACAAUUUUUGUUAAACAAUUCUUUUUCUCAAUUAUGUAUUGGACCCUUAUUCAAUAUUAUAAGAAAUUUAAAAACAUCUGAUUUGCAUAUUUGCAAUGCUUAUUGGUCAAGUGUAUUAGAUUGGUUAGUAUCUGGAAAACCCUCAGUUCGUGAACAUCAUAAGCUAUUACGAAUAUGUAACAGAUACAUGAAUUUUAAUAACAAUAUGUCUGGAACAUACAGACAUUAUAAAUUUGAAAGUCAGAUGAUCAAUUGGUUAAAUGAAGAAUUAGAGACAGGAAUAUCAGCAAUAAUUCCAUCCAAGUUUAGUAAAAUAUUUUCAUUUUUUAUAAGCUACCCUAAUGAAAAUAUUGGGUAUGAAAUACCUGAAAUAAUGGUAAAAAAAGUAUUAGAUACUGUUGGUCAGUAUAGUGUUUAUGAUUGUUACAUUAUUAGUAGAGGUCUGAAUACUGCAUUUAUUAAUCGAAAGAAUAAAACAUCAUUGCCAAAGUUCUUAGAUCAAUAUGUGAGGCUAUGUACUGCACUUAACAAAAGAUGUUUAGAAAUUCUAAAUAAAGAACCAAAUUUAAGUUUAGAUCAACUAAACUCCUUGUAUCGAGGAUAUAAUCAUCGACAUAAUGUUGAAGAACCAGGACUAUUUUAUAAAAUACUCGAUGGGUAUAAAAACUUUACAUCUGAACACUUAUCAUCAAGAACAAUAAGAGAAUUGACUUACAAUUUAGUUACAUCUGAUUGGUAUGAUGCUGAGCUCUUGGACAAAUGCUUGAAGUAUUUCAUAAAAAAUCACAAAUAUUUGUUAGCUGAAAAUGUGGAAAAAAUAUUGACAGUAUUUUUUUUGUAUGGAGUUAAUAGUGAAAAAUUUAUAGAAUUUCUACCUUAUGCAACUGAAAUUAUUAAUAGGGAUAAGUUAAAAAUGUCUGGUUUAAAUUUUAUGAGAGCUUCACUUGCUUUAUGUUAUUUUUAUAGUCUAUCUACUUCCAUAAAAGAUUAUUUAUUUAGUGUCGAAUUUUUAGAGAAAUUGGAUGAUGAAUUAAAUAACUGUUAUGCAAAGGCUACAUAUCCAUUAAAAGUAAGGCAAAUAUUAAUGAUUUUAAAUAGAACUGUAUGUAUUGAUUAUCCAGAAUUUGAUGUACCGUGGUUUCAUACUAAGUAUUGUGAAGAAAUUCAAUCAUUGGUUCCUAAACAUACUGGUUCAUUUUAUUUGGACGUAGAAAAAAGAAUAAACCAAUUAAUUAAGAACAAAGGUUAUCUAAAAACAAACUCUUUUUCUCCUUAUGGAUACAAAUUAGAUUUUGAAAUAAUUCUAAAUAACUCAAAACAUUCUAAAAGAGAAAAUAAAAAUGAGAAGUUAGUUUUGCUGCUUCUGAAUGAAAAAGAUUUACGAAAGACUGAUAAUGAAAUGAGAGGUCUUUCUAGGUUGAAGCAAAGGCAUUUGGAAAUACUUGGAUAUAGAGUGAUAUGGAUUAAAAAAUCCAUAUGGAAUUCCAUGUUUAUGACUGAGCCAGAAGCUAAAUUAUCUUAUUUAAAGAGUUUAAUUUGGAAAAAACCAUGAAAAUUUAAUGUCCAA